UAAACCGGACGUGUCCAGUUAACUGUACUAUAGAAACAAACAUGAGCAGGUUUUUCAUCUUUAACACUUAUGAACUUUUAAAGAGGACGGUAUAUGCUAACACUUAACAAACACAAUCGAAUUAAGGAAAAGUUAAAGGUAAUUAUGAACUUAACUAGUUUAACCAGCAAGUCGUAUACAUUCUUAUUAACGUUACAUUAAAAUGUGGUGUCAUUUAAUACUGUUGAGAGUACUUUAGACCAAAACAAAACACAUCCAUGUCCAGACUUAUAUACACAGGAUUCCUUCAGUUGUACGUUUCCCCGUUUGACGUUAGUGCUGCAUAACGUUAAUCAUUAACCGCUAUGAGGAAAAUAUACAGUCAUGACUUUUAGUUUGAAAUAUAAGCUCUGCAAAGAAGUCUCGUGGUGAUUUUUUUAUAGUAACUUAUUUGUCUCGUGGUGUUCAACUGUGCUGUGUAUCGCCUAACGUUAAAUCUUUUCGCGUAACUUAGUUGUGCUUAUAAUGGAGGAAGAAAAAUCAUUUUCGUCAAAGUCCAGUGUCUUUUUGGGGAGAGAGAAGGAGUGCGGUACUGCGUGUAAAAUGAGUUUUACUGAUGAGAAAGAGGAAGAGAGUGGGAUCCAUAAUUUGCUCGAGAAAGCAUCAUCUCCAGUGCCUAGUUAUGUGUCUUUAAAGAGUGACAGAUCAAUGGCUGAACCACCUAAAUUCAGUGACGAAGCGAAACAUUUUCCACUCAGUCAUUCAGAGAAAGAGGAGCAGAAAUGUGCUGUUCACUACCAGUUCCAGGGUGCAGCAUCAUCUCUACCAAGCAAUGUGUCUUUAAAGAGUGACAGAUCAAUGGCUGAACCUCCUAAAUUUAGUCAUGUAGCUCAACAUUUGCAGUCCAGUCUUUCAGAAAAAGUAGAAGUCUGUGCUGUUCACCAUCGGAGACUGUCAUCUACAAUAUCAAGCUAUGUGUCUUUAAAGAGUGACAGGUCUAUGGCUGAACCUCCUCGAUUCAGUGAUGCAUCAGAACAAUUUAAAUAUGGCCACAGGGUAGUUCAAGAUCAGCCUGAGUGCCCACAGCCAGGGUCCAGUUCUGCUGGAGAGCAGCUCAACAUUUUCCAAUCAGUAGAUGAAAUCUCUCAGCGUAUCAAAGAGCAUCACAAAACCAGCAUAAAGCAGAAGUAUGAGAGUUUAUGCGAAGGAUUCAACAAACAAGAAAACAAAACCCUCCUGAAUAAGAUUUACACACAGCUUUAUAUAAUAGAGGGAGAGAGAGAAGGGGUGAAUGAAGAACAUGAGGUUGUGCAAAUUGAAAAGGCCAAGACUGAACGCUUACAAGGCACUCCAAUUAACUGCAAUGACAUUUUUCAGCCCGUACAUGAUCCAUGUUAUGGAAGAAGUGAUGAGAAAGACAAAGUGAGGACUGUUCUCACCAAAGGAAUUGCUGGAAUUGGAAAAACCGUCUCUGUGCAGAAGUUCAUUCUGGAUUGGGCUGAGGGAAAAGCAAAUCAGGAUGUCGAUUUUCUCUUUGUUCUUCCAUUUCGGGAACUUAACUUAGUUAAAGAUGACCAAUACAGUCUUCACAAACUUCUGCUUGACUUUCAUCCAGAACUUUUGGAGAUAAACACUAGGAUUUAUGAUUUAUGUAAAGUCUUGUUUGUCUUUGAUGGUCUGGAUGAAAGUAGAAUUACCCUGACAUUUUCACACUGUGAGAAGAUUUCUGAUGUGUCCACAAGCUCAUCUGUGAGCAUGUUGUUGUCAAAUCUCAUCAAGGGGGAGUUGCUGCCCUCUGCUCUCAUCUGGAUCACAUCCAGACCCGCAGCAGCCAGCCAUAUCCCCUCACAUUACAUCAGCCGUGUGACAGAAGUGCAAGGAUUCAGUGACCCUCAAAAGGAGGAAUAUUUCAGGAAGAGGAUCAGCAACCAGGAUCAGGCCAGCAGAAUCAUCUCACACAUUAGAGCAGCAAGAAGCCUUCACAUAAUGUGCCAUAUACCGGUCUUCUGCUGUAUCACAGCCACUGUGCUUCAGAACAUCCUGGAACAGGAUCUCAGUGCAGAAAUCCCUAAAACAUUAACAGAGAUGUACAUACAUUUUCUGAUCAUCCAGACGGAUGUGAAGAGGCAGAAGUUUGAUCAGAAUGUCGAGGGAAUUGAGAAAGAUCUAAAAUUGCUGCUGGAGGCAAGCAGAGAUUUGAUAUUGAAACUUGCUGAACUGGCUUUCAAAGGUCUGAUGAAUGGUCAUGUCCUGUUUUAUGAUGAGGACCUGAAAGCGUGUGGCAUAGAUGUCAAUGAGGCCUGUGUGCACUCCGGGUUUUGCACUGAGUUCUUUGAUGAGGAAUCUGUGAUCAAGUCAAGGAAGGUCUACUGCUUUGUUCAUUUGAGCUUUCAAGAGUUUUUUGCAGCACUUUUUGUGUUUUCCAGCUAUCUGAACAAGAGCAGUGAUGUCCUGAAGAUAUUCCAAAAGAAGAAAGGGAGAAGAAAGGUCAAACUGCAGUCUGAUGAGGUUUCGCUGGAUGUGUUUCUGAAUGGUGUGGUGGAUGAAGCACUGAAGAGUGAUAAUGGACAUCUGGAUCUUUUCCUUAGAUUUCUUCAUGGCCUCUUGCUGGAGUCAAAUCAGAGACUUCUCCAAGGUCUGCUCACACACAUGGAGGACGACCCUGAAAGCAUGACAAAAGCGAUGAAAAACCUCAAACAGAGUCAAAAGCAGAAUGUUAGACCAGAAAGGUGGAUUAAUCUGUCACACUGCCUAAUUGAAAUGAAGGACACUUCUGUUUCUGAGGAUAUUCAGGCGUACCUUAAAAAUGAAGGAAAAAGAAAAAUAUAUUUGUCUUCCCCCCACUGUUCAGCGCUGGCUAACAUGCUUCUGAUGGCAGAGGAUGUGCUGGAAGAGCUAGACCUCAAGAAAUACAACACAACAUCCAUGCAGGCUCUGAGGAGACUGAUACCAGCUGUGAGGAACUGCAGAAAGGCAAUAUUGGUAGGCUGUAAUCUCACUGAACAAUCAUGUGAAACUGUGGCAUCGGCUCUGCAGCCAGCCAACUCCCCAGUGAGAGAGCUGGACAUGAGUAACAAUGACCUGCAGGACUCGGGUGUAAAACUCAUUUCUGUUGGACUCAAGAGUUCACACUGUAAACUGGAGAUACUGAGAUUGAAAUGUUGUAAACUCACCAUGCAGUGCUGUGAAACGGUGGCUUCAGCUCUGCUGUCAGCAAAUUCACGCCUGAGAGAGCUGGACCUCAGUUACAAUGAGCUGCAGGAUUCAGGAGUAGAGUGGCUCGCUGCUGGACUAAAAAGCCCACACUGUAAACUGGAGAUAUUGAGUUUGUCUGGCUGUAAACUCACUAGUCAGUCCUGUGAAGUGCUGGCCUCAGUUUUACAGUCAGAGGGCUCCCGACUCGGACAGCUGGAUCUGAAUAAUAAUGACCUGCAGGAUUCAGGACUGGAGUUGCUCUCUGCUGGACUGAAAAUCUGUAAACUGGAAAAACUAAGGUUGGCCACCUGUAAUCUCACUAGUCAGUCCUGUAAAACGAUGGCCGCUAGUCUUCAGUCAGUAAACUGUGUCCUGAAAGAGCUGGAUCUGAGUAACAAUGACCUGCAGGAUUCAGGAGUAGAGAUUCUGUCAGCUGGACUAAAGAGCCCACACUGUAAACUGGAGAUACUGAGAUUGUCCAUUUGUAAUCUCUCUGAUCGGUCGUGUGCAACAGUGGCUUCAGUUUUACAGUCAGCAAAUUGUUUGAGAGAGCUGAACUUGAGCAAAAAUGACCUGCAGGAUUCAGGAGUGAAGAUGCUCUCAGAUGGACUGAAGAGUUCAUUAUGUGUACUGGAGAUACUGAGAAUGUCUGGCUGUUUUAUCACAGAGGACGGCUGUUCAGUGCUGGCUUCAGUUCUGAAUUCAAAACCUACACAUCUAAGAGAGCUGGACCUCAGCUGUAAUCAUCCAGGAGACUUGGGUGUUCAGCUACUCACGGCUAGACUGAAUGAUCAAACCUGUAAAUUGGAGAUACUCAAUUUGGAACAUGAGGGCAAGUUUAGGAUCGCAGCUGGUUUACGAAGAUAUGCUUGUGACCUCACCCUGGACCCCGAUACAGCACACACACAUCUGUCUCUAUCUGAUGGAAACAGAACGGUGACGCAUGUAGCAGAGGAACAGUCCUAUCCCGAUCAUCCUGACAGGUUUGAGUGCUGUCCUCAGGUUCUGUGUGCUGAGAGUCUGCGUGGACGCUGCUCAUGGGAGGCUGAGUGGAGCGGGAAAAGCGGAGUCUACAUUUCAGCCUCAUAUAAAGGCAUCAGAAGGAAAGGACAGAGCGAUGAUUGUGAGUUUGGAUCUAAUGACAAAUCCUGGAGACUUGUCUGCUCUGAUAACAGCUUUUUAGCCUGGCACAAUAAUGAGAGAACUAAAAUGCGUCCGCCUUCAUCCUCAUCUCGCUCUAAAAGGGUCGGGGUGUAUUUGGACUGGCCAGCUGGCACUUUGUCCUUCUACAGCAUCUCUGACAAAAAUAAACUCACACACUUGCACACAUUUUCCUCCACAUUCUCAGAGCCUCUGUAUGCAGGGUUUGGCCUUUAUUCAGGAACCUCAGUGUCUCUGUGUCCUAUAGAAACACAAAAAACUGUGGCAAUGACAUAAAUACAUUGUAAGAUAGCAAGCACUUGGUUUACUUUUAGAAAUUUUUACUGAGUUAAAUAACUCUAGUUAUAAUAAAAAAUUAUAUUUUUCAACUG